AACGCUCCAAAAGAACGGUCCAAAUUACCAUACAUUUCCUUCCAUCGAAUCCCUCUCCCCCCACUACUUUCACUCUGCUUUUUCUCUCUCUAGAGUCGGUUGUUCCUACAUUCUCCAACCUUCUACGGAGUACAUCUCUCCAAAUUCCGCCACCGGCAGAAACUUCUCUCCCUUCUCCCUCCCCCAUUCUCCAUCUUGUUUUCUCGUUCACGUGUUCCCGACCUCCAGUGUAUAUAAUCACCCAGAGCCCCAAUUCUAACCUCCAUUGUAUUUUCAAUCGCGUGUGCCCCAUCUAUAGCAUAUAUAUAAACAGAAGACAAGAUCUGUAAAAGAAGCCUUUUGUUUCAAGAAGAGAUCAUGGAGUAUCGUCCGCUGGACAUAACGGUGAUCUCGGCCGAGAACCUAAAAGACGUGAACCUGAUCUCCAAGAUGGACGUGUACGUUGUCGUCUCGAUCGCCGACGACCCCACCACGAAACGCAAGACCCGCGUGGACAAGGACGGCGGGAAGAGCCCCAAGUGGAACGACCGCCUCAACUUUGCCGUCGACGCCGCCGCCCUGGCGCGGAACCCCGGCCUCCCCCUCGUCUUCCGCCUCCGGUCCGAGCGCCCCCUGGGCGACAAGGACAUCGGCGAGGUCGCCGUGCCCAUGAAAGAACUCCUUGACCGCGCCGACGGCGGCGCCGAGCACGUCGUGGAGUACCAGGUCCGCACCCCGUCGGGAAAGCUCAAGGGCACCCUGAAAUUUUCCUACAAGUUCGGAGACAAGGUGUCCGCGCCGGCGUAUGCGCCGCCGGCAAAGUCGAAGAAUUCCGACGAGCCGGUGACAGCGUACCCCGCCCAUGCCGGAGCCAGCACUGCCUACCCGCCACCGCCGCAGGGGUACGCACAGCCGCACCCGGCAUACGCAGGUUAUCCCGCACCGCAGCAGGGGUAUGGCACAGGAUACCCGCCGCCACCGCCGCAAUACGCGGGGUAUCCUGCAGCGGGGCCUGCUUACGGGUACCCGCCGCCCCAGCAGCAGGGGUACGGGUACCCGCCGCAGAUGGUGGUGCAGCCGCAGCAGCAGAAGAAGAAGAAGAACAAUUUCGGGCUGGGGUUGGGAGCAGGGUUGUUAGGAGGGUUGUUGGUGGGCGAUAUGAUAUCUGAUGUGGGAGAUUCUGGGUAUGACGCUGGCUUUGAUGAUGCUGGCUUUGACUUCUAGUUAUUACUAUGUUCUUCAGAAGAAGUGUUCUUUCUGUCUAACUUGGUUUUGGUGAACAUGGAGUCUGGUCUGGGUGAGGUUUUUGAUUUUUGGUUUAUACUAUUAGAAAUAACUUGACACAUGUUUUGUCUGUUGGGGGAAUUGGAAUGUUUACAAUUGUUUGUUAUAACAUUUCAUCGUUUCUAGGGCUAUGUUUUCCAUACUUUUUGAUGGAUGAAAAUUGAAAGCUCAAAUUCUCUCCUCUCA